CAGUACGCUGUACUCCGUACUCCGUACACUGUCACACAUCAUUGAAGUUAAAUACUGCUGAUUCAUAAGAUCUUGGCAAAAGAUGCAAGUACAGCCACUCAAUCCACUGAACAGAACACCUGGGCCUUUUUCAUCUGUACUUUGCAAAAAGCAGCUGUAAUAUUAGUACAGAUGCUCUGCCCACUGAACAGUCAUGAUAUUGGGGCUGUACUUUUUUUAAAAAAAGUGGAGAUCUGUAGUUACAAAAAAAUGAGUACACACGGCCGGCCGCACCGAACAGGCCCUAAGUGCUGCGGCGCAAAUAGCUCCCUAGACAAGCCUAGUCUGAUUCCCCCCUCCCAAUCUUGGGCAUAAAAGUAUCGAUUGGAAUUGGAGAUAUCCAGCAGGGUUCCAAUGCAGCAAUGGGUUAAGCAGAAGGCACCACUGUUGCCAUUAAGGACAAUGAUUCACAAAACAAAAACCUGCGAGCAAGGAAUCUUAUUUAUUGAAUGCUUGUUCAUUCUUAUGUGUUUUUAUCUCAUAUCUGUUUCAUUCCCACUCCGUCUUUGUUGACAUAGGUGUACCGAGCAUGGCGGUGAUAUCGACAAUCCAGGAACUCGUAGGGAAUCCAUUUAUGCUUUCGACCAGCCUUGCUAUUGUCAUACUAUAUCUCAGCAGUAAACUCGUUUACAAUGUUUUUUACCACCCACUCCGCUCAUUCCCUGGCCCAACCAGCCAUGCGAUGAGCCUUGUGCCGUAUAUUUACAAAAUCCUUCGCGGGACUCUAGAAUAUGACGUACUAGACCUGCACAAGGCUUACGGCGACGUGGUACGAAUCUCCCCUCAUGAACUGGCUAUCUGCGGCCCGGGCUCCUGGAAGGAUAUAUUGGGAAAUCGCAAAAGUGGCGAAGAGCAACUAGAAAAGUUCUGGCAGUAUUAUCGUCCUGGGGGAACGCACGAGUCAACUAGUAUCAUUAACGCAGAUCGCGAGGAGCACAGUCGCCUGCGCCGUCAGCUUUCCCAUGGCUUCUCCGAUAAAUCAAUGAGGGAACAGGAACCCCUGAUUACUCGGCACAUCGACCUCAUGAUAAAGAGAUUCCUUGAACUGGGUGGAGCGGGUUCGAAGUCUCUCGACCUUACGCAGUGGUAUAAUUAUGCCACGUUCGAUAUCAUCGGAGAUCUGACGUUUGGUGAAUCGUUUGGAUGCCUCGAAAAUGCCUAUUUCCACCCCUUUGUCAAGCUUAUGCUUGCAUCAGGGAAAAUUGCUUCAUUCCUGCAAUGCGCUGGUUAUUUCCCGACAUUUAAGAAAUUUUUGUUGAGCUUAAUUCCAAAGACAGCAAUGAAACGUCAGGCGAACGUCGCAAAGGAGAAAAUCCUAAGGCGGAUGAACGCCGGUAUAGAGCGCCCGGAUCUAAUUGAGGGAUUGUUGAAGAAACAGGAAGAAUGGAAUAUGAGCCUCGAUACCCUCUCAGGAAACGCCCGACUGAUCCUUGUCGGCGGCUCCGAAACAACCGCAACACUUCUGUGCGGCGUAACAUACCUGUUGCUAUCGAACCCUCAAGCCCUUGCAAAGCUGACAGCGGAGGUCCGCUCAGCUUUCAAAAGUGAAGACGAUAUUAACAUGAACUCCGUAAACGAGCUGGACUACAUGCUUGCAUGUCUUAACGAGGCAAUGCGAGUGUAUCCACCCGUGCCGCUCGGGCUCCCCCGAGUGAUUCCCAAGGGCGGUUGUCAGAUAACUGGACAAUUCAUUCCUGAGGAUAGUGUGGUCGCGAUCCACCACUGGGCCACAUAUCACAACGAAAAGUACUUCACGGACCCGUUCGCCUUCCACCCGGAACGUUUCCUAGGGGAUCCCAAGUUCGCCAACGAUAAGCGCGAGUUGCUCCAGCCUUUCCAUGUCGGACCGAGAAAUUGCCUUGGCAGAAACCUCGCAUACGCCGAAAUGCGCCUCAUUCUCGCGCGCCUGAUCUAUAAUUUCGACAUGAAUCUCGCGCCAGAGAGCGCGAACUGGUUGCGGAAACAAAGAGUAUUCCUCUUCUAUACAAAACCGCCGUUGAAUGUUUAUAUGAGGCCUGUGAAGAGGUAGACUAGUAGGUUGGUAGGGUUCUAAAAAGGGACUUUGUUUUAAGAAAAGAAAUGUUGGGCGGGCUGCUUUCUAUCGUUGUUUAGAUUGCAUUUUCCCAGUCGUUGUCUUUUUGGUUUAUUUUAUUGAUGAGAUGGGGAAGAGAGACACUGCUCGUGGUAAGCCUUGGAUUUGAACGAUUCCUUCAUGACGGUCUCUUUUUGCUUAAGAUGGCAUGAUUUCACAGCUAUUAAUUUGGUUGAUACACGUAUCUAUGUACUCGGACGACAUGCCUAGAAAAAAAUAAAUUCGUGGACUCAAAAAGUCGACAGGAGAUCAAAGGAAAUCUAAGCUUCUGUGAUUUUCAAAUGUUGUUUUUCAGGAAAAACUCUUUUAUAGAGCUAAUCUCGAUAAUUUAGAUAGCUAGAUUUACAAUAUUUUCCCUACAAGGGCUUCCUCAUA